CCUUCAACGUGACUUUACCGAAAAAACUUAGAAUAUGUGUUGUUUGUCUUGUUGUUGCGGGGCACACCCGAUGGGUUGACACGGCAUGUGAUUAAAGCGUCGGGGGGAGGCGAUUACGUCAUCACGACCGGGAGAUGUGACGUCAUCGCGACCGGGAGAUGUGACGUCUUCAGGCCGCGCCGGAAGUUGUUUCCCACCACUGUUUGGACGUUUUGGCGGGAAUUUCGCUUUCGGCAACGGACGAGAGGAGAGACGGAGAGAGGAGACCGGAGGGAGACGGGGAGGGAGAGGAGACGGGGAGAGGAGACGAGGAGGGAGACGAGGAGGGAGAGGGAGAGACGAGGAGGGAGAGGGAGAGACGAGGAGGAAGAGGGAGAGACGAGGAGAGAGAGGGAGAGACGGGGAGAGACGGGAGGUAGAAUCGAGCGACUCUCGCGGCAUCCAUGGCCGUGCUCCACCCCUUCGCGAAACUUCCCGAGCCGCGUACGGCUACGGUGCUGCUCGUGGGUGCCGUGGGGCCCGGGCAGAGCGCCCUCGCCGAAGCGCUGUGCCGCAUCAACUCCCCCUUCGCCAUCAACGUGCACAUGGCCUCGAAGCUGCCUCUCCCUGGGCACAACGAGCACCGGCGACCCCGCAUUGACCUCAUCCUCCUCCUCAUCGACCUCACCAGCAUCAACAGCCUGCGAGUGGUGGAGGAUUCCUUACAGCUGAUCUCAGCCUCUUUCUUCAUCGGCCGCGUGUUCUUCGCCAUCACUAAAGACAGGCCGGCGAGCGAGCUGGCGGUAGGAUUGGACGUGGUGCAGAAAUUGGCGGAAGCGCAUCACUCAGGCCUCCUGCACAUCAAUCUGCAGACGGAGAGAGGGGUGCUCGCGGCCGCUCGCCGCAUAGUGCGGCUGCUCCUCGUGUGCGCCGGCCUCUGCCCCGGGCUGUCGGCCACUCGUCUCUCCGCCCUCACCUGCCCCGGACCUCCGCAGCAGCAACCGCGGCAAACGCAGCAAGCACAGGACAGCGAAGCGCACAGCGGCUCCAUCAUCGCCGCCAGCAGCUCCGCCUGACGCGCUCCUCCUCGUGCCCGGCCGAGACCCCCGACCCGGCGAAAGUGCCACAAUCUUUUUUUGUUCUAUAAUUUAGGAGUUUGUAAGGUGCAGUUACGGACGCGGCCCACCUCCAGUAACCGCACUGCGUUCACGAGGCGACGCUGAGAUUUACGGUCGUUUCCACCUGCGAUAAAACACCUCCAAUUGUUGAGCAAACUUCUUGCGCGUGACUUCUGUUUCGCCCGUUAUUUAUCCCGAGCCCCACUUGCACAGGCGCCUUUCUUGAGUUGUGUAAUUUCCCCGUAGCAUUGCCAUCGGUUAUCAUCACAAUUCUGAGGCUGUCGAAUAAACCCGUUUAUCCAUUACAGUGGUGGGGUUAAAGCGAUUCCAGAGACAGCCGCUGGGUAACGGGCUUUGCCCAUUUCCCCAUCUACAGCUUUACAACAACAACAAAAACACUCUCGAAGCCGGAUUUGGAGACGAGGCUUUCCGGUUAUGGGGGGGAUGUCCGGCAUACGGCACAUUAAUUUUAAGAUUUUUUUUAAAGGUGCAGCCCUGCAGUUGUCCGUUCACAUCACUGCUGGCGGAGAGGCCUCCACUCGAGGGAGCUUGGCCUAUUCUUCCACGCUCUCUAAACGUCUUUGAAGUGGGGGGGGGGGGGGGGGCUGUACCCACACUUUGCGCCAACACUCGCGACCUGCCGCCUGACUGGCGUCAUCCUGCCAGGCGGAGGACAGAGGCGGCGGUGAUGGGAGGGGAUUGAAUAAAGAAUUAUCUUUUGUUUUAUUGAACUGCCUCUACCCUGGGAAUAAAGCUAUGCGAUUUGAAAGGCAAAA